GAUGUAUUUACUAUUUAAUAAUAAUAAUAAUAAAAUUAAUGCCUUUUCCUACCUGCCGAUGGAAACUUCUAAGGUUUUAAAAUGAUUUUAAUUAAAAAAAUAAAAGUUUUUAAAACUUUGAAUUAUCAAGUUAACGUCGGUUAGUGUACUAUCAAAGGCACACUGCCCAAACUUCAAGUUCAAAGGCCAUAAAAGCUACACAUGUCCUCCAAAAAAUAAAAUUUAAAAAGCUAUAAGAUAAAGUCAGAAAUAGAAAAGGGGGAAGAAGUCUGGCUUUUGGGACUCUGCGCGAAGAAGAAGAAGAAGAUUAGGAGGACUAGAUGAGAGGAUGAACGGAAAAAUAGAGUCACUACCAGAACAUCACGGCGACACCAGAAUCCGAUAUAUUUCCCGGUAUUCCCGGUACAAUCCGGUAUUCCCUGGUAUUUGGAGUGGUAAGAAACAACCAUGUUUUGGUACCGGUUUAGGUGCCGGUAUGGUAAAUACUGCAGUACCGGCAAUACGGGCAAAACUAUAUGGAUGGCCAAACACCUAUGUAUAUACAAAGGCAUUGGGGGAAAUGCUUUUAGAACAAUUUCAUCAGAAUCUGCCCUUGGCUAUCGUACGUCCCACCAUGGUAACCAGUACUUACAAAGAACCAUUUUCAGGUUGGAUUGAAGGUGCAAGAACCAUAGAUGGUGUAAUUACUGCCUUCGGUAAAGGGAGAUUGAAAAGCUUUCUUGGCCAUCCUAAUUCAAUCUUAGAUGUUAUACCAGCAGACAUGGUGGUAAAUUCUAUUAUUAUGGCCAUGGUGACUCAUGCAAAUAAGUCUUCUCAGAUCAUCUUCCAUGUGGGUUCUUCAUUGAGAAAUCCGAUGAAACUCCCUAGUCUUUCAGAUUUAAUCUCUCUGUAUUUCACUCAAAAUCCAUGGAUUGAUAGAAAUGGAAAGUCAAUCAAAGUCAGCAAGUUGAUAGUCUUUAGCAAUAUUGCUACGUUUCAAGCAUACAUGGCUAUUCGAUAUAAACUGCCGUUGAAGGUGUUGUGGUUAGCAAAUCUGAUGCUUUGCCAGUAUUAUCGGGAAAUACGUAUUAAUCUUAACCGGAAGGUCAGAGUAGUGAUGCGAAUGGUUGACCUCUACAAACCAUAUGCAUUUUUUACAGGCAGCUUUGAUGACUCUAACACAGAAAAUCUAAGAGUGGCGAUAAGAGAGAGUGAUGUCGAUGUAAAUUUGUUUUACUUUGACCCAAGGUGCAUUGACUGGGAAGACUACAUUAUGAACACUCAUAUUCCUGGCCUGACAAAGUACUCAAUGAAACCAUAACUUUGAGGGAUUGUUUAUUUUUAUUUCAAAAAAUGUUGUGUGAUUUGAAAUUUCUUUCAUCAAUAAGGCAAUAGCAACCUACCUAGCUAGCUGCUAGUCUGUUUAGAAUUUUACUUGAAGUGAAUUAGUGUUCAGAAAUUAAAUAUGCAAGAAAUAAAUGAAUAGAUGUGAGGAACUAAAUAAAUGUAUGUAACAAAUUAAUAAAGUGUGAAAAUGGAGUUAAAAAGGGUUUUAUUUGGAGUAUA